AUGAAAUUGAAUGAAUUAAAUAUUUGUAUUCAGGUAAAAUGUAUCUCUUUUUGCUCUUCCAUUUUUUUUCCCAAUAAUGUAAAGAAAAAUGGUUAUAAUAAUAAUGACAUAGAAAAAAAGAACCUAGAUGAAUGUGAGGAAAAUAAUAAUAUAAAAUUAAAAUAUUUAAUCGGAAAUAUAUAUAUUGGUAAAGUCAUAAAUGUAGGAGAAAAUGUGGAUAAUAUAAUAAAGGGGAAAAAUGUAAUAGGAAUAUUUACGGUUAAUAGUAAAAUUAAGAAUGAUGAAAUAAUAGCACCUUAUCAUGAUAUUAUUGAAUAUCCAUGUAAUGAAUUAAAAAAUGAUUAUUCAUUAUGUGCUUCAUUUCGUUCGUUAUAUGAAUCUUAUUUAUGCUUGAGUGUUAUAAACCAUAAUAAAAUGUUAAAAUAUAUAGCCAUAUUUGCUGAAAAUGUGUUGCAAGUACUUCCUCUUCUAAAAAUGUUAUUAAAAAAUCAAGUUUUCAUAAUAAUAUUUUUACCAAAGGAGAAUUGUCUUCAAAAUAGAAUUAAAAAUAGUUUAGAAGAAUAUCAUAUAAGCAACGAUAGUUUUAAAGAACGAGUUUCUAUAUUCAGUAUAGAUAUGAACAUUCCUGAACAUAUACAUGUUAUAACAAAUAGACUUGGGGUUAAAAUUAUUAUUGUUUAUCCGAAUUUAAGUAUUGACAAAAAUAUUUUAAAAAAAAACAUUUUUACAUUAAGUGCUUUAAAUGCUAAUUUAAUAUUCACUUAUGAAUUGGAUUAUUUAAAUCCUUAUGAAUGUAAACUAUUGUUUGAGAAGGGUGUUAAAAUACAUUUUUUCAAUGUAAAUAAUUAUAUAUAUUAUGAUUAUUUCAAAAGAACAAAUGCUUUCAAUUAUGUUUUGUUAUCCAUUUUAAAUAAGGAUAUUGAUAUACCAUCAGUAUCCUUAAACAAAAAGUAUUUUUCAUCAAUGGAGGAAAUAUUUUCAAGUAUGCCUUGUGGUGAAGGUUACAAUAUUUAUAUUAAUAAAAACAUAGAUUGUCAGUCAGAUAAUUCAUAA